UCAACAUCAAAAUCAAAGUCGAAAUCAAAAUCAUAGAAAGUACUCUCACAGGAAUUUCUACAAAAACUUGCAGUGCACAAAACAUUCUGCCAUUAACGUGGGCUGUAUUAGGAGGUCAGACAGAGGGAAUUCCCACGUAUCGACCAAUUGGACUUGGGUAAUUUGGCAGAAGCUCGGCUGUGAAUCUCAAAAAAGGAUAAAUUCAAAGUCUGUCAGUAGAGUCGAUAUUCAAACGAUAUUCAAAAUCGAGAACGCUCAAAAGUUGGUUAAGUCUCUCUCAUCUAUCCUCAACCCUUCUUUCAAGCUGAACCAACAUGGAAAAAGAGGAAAGUGUCGUCAAGAAAUCGAACGAGCAACCCUCGAGGCCAACCGAGUCCCUGACAGACCACACGACGUCGGAGAAUGGUCAUCAUGAUCUAGCGGCACCCCAAGCUCUAUUUCAGAAGCUCAGUAUACUAGACCGCUUGCUCACGCCGGCCAUAUUGGUAUGCAUGGUCGUCGGGGUAGUCAUAGGCGAAUUUGUACCUGGCGUGCAGCAGGCGUUCGAUACUGUCAAAUUCGACAGUGUCUCCGUCCCGAUCGCAAUAGGGCUCAUUGUUAUGAUGUGGCCUAUCCUCACCAAGGUCAAAUAUGAAGCCCUUUCACGAAUAUUGUUGUCCAGACGUUUGUGGAUGCAUAUGGGAAUAAGCAUGAUUCUGAACUGGAUCAUCGGCCCCCUUAUUAUGCUCGGUCUUGCAUGGGCUACGCUCCCCGACCUCCCGACGUACAGGACAGGCGUGAUCCUCGUCGGGCUCGCUCGUUGCAUUGCCAUGGUUAUGGUAUGGAAUCAGUUGGCCGGGGGGGACGGCGAAUACUGCGCAAUUCUUGUCGUUGUUAACUCGGUGCUCCAAAUCAUACUCUACUCACCCUACGCGGUUUUGUUUGUGAACGUCGUUGGACACACCGAGCAGGGUGUUCAUCUCGCAUACGGUUCGGUGGCAAUCUCAGUUCUCAUCUACCUUGGAAUUCCUCUCCUUGCUGGUGUCAUCACACGCUUCACAGUCAUUCGACUGAAGUCGAAGGAAUUCUUUGACAAGACUUUUGCACCACGAUUUUCUCCCCUCUCCCUCAUCGGUCUCCUGUAUACCAUCAUCGUUAUGUUUGCAUACCAAGGACACCACAUUGUACAGAAUCUCGGUCCUGUUUUCCGGGUCUUUGUACCAAUGAUCCUAUAUUUUGUGAUCAUGUGGACGUCAGCCUUUGCGCUUGUGUUCUUUCUCGCUCGCCGAGAAUUUCGCAAAAAGAACACGGACAGUGGUGAUUUCUCGUAUGAGCUGGCAGUGGUGCAGGCUUUCACUGCAGGAAGCAACAAUUUCGAGCUUGCGAUUGCAGUAGCAAUCGCUGUGUAUGGAGUGGGAUCAGAUCAGGCGUUGGCAGCGACCAUUGGGCCAUUAGUAGAGGUUCCUGUCCUUCUUGCACUCACCUGGGUGGCGCAAUAUUUGCGUAUUAAACUACAGUGGGGGCCUCCAGUGCAGCGCAGGAAUGUGAAGGUAUAGGUAUACUUAUGCAUGAAGAUUUCAAGCUAUUCCUGGCCUAUAAAUGGAGAUUACACCCGAUGGGACAGGCGAUCAUUUACCCACCUCUGUUGUGACGGUGUUGUACGACAACGUCAAACGGGCAGUAGCCUACGCAUUUGUCUAUACAAGCGUAAUUUUCUCAAUCUCCAAGACGACUCUCACAGUGGCGGUAGGCCCAGUGACUGAGGAUUCAAAAGAUGAGACGUGUCGUGCCGCCAGAUUCCUUGCUUCGAUUCAUCCAACUUACCGUGACCGGGGUCAGCAUAGUAAACUUGAUGAUGUCGUCCUCAUGCACGAAGUGCUGAGAACCACACUAGUGAUGGUUUGGAUCCUGUCUGCCGUUCUCUCCUCAGAGUCGG